ACUCCUCAUCAUCUAUAGCUAAUCGAUCUUCCUAGUUCAUAAGUUCUUCAAGUACUCUCAGUUUUAUUUAGCUAGCUAGUCCAGAUGGAGAAAGCAAGUGCAAUCCUUUCCCACCCCCCUCCCAGUCAUGGAAAGCUCAUCACUGUUCUCAGCAUUGACGGAGGUGGAAUCAAAGGGAUUAUUCCCGGAACUCUGCUCAGCUUCCUAGAGUCCGAGCUCCAGAGGCUGGAUGGUGAAAAUGCAAGGUUGGCCGAUUACUUUGAUGUUAUCACCGGGACUAGCACAGGUGGCCUUGUCACCGCCAUGAUUACUUCCCCAAAUGAAAACAAACGUCCCCUGUUUGCGGCUAGCCAGAUUGUCGAUUUUUACCUUGAACACUGUCCUAAAAUCUUCCCUCAAAUCAAGACAAUUUUUGGUGACGCCUUAGGUGACGUCUUAGAAAAUGCAAAAGGUGUAUACGCACCAAAAUAUGAUGGCAAGUAUUUACACAAGCUUAUCCAGGAAAAAUUAGGAAACAGACGAUUGAACCAGACAUUGACCAAUGUUGUGAUCCCAACCUAUGAUAUUAAGUGCCUUCAACCAGCUAUCUUCUCCAGCUAUGAGUUGAAAAGGAACAAGAAAAUAGAGCCUCCUCUACUCUCUGAUAUAUGCAUCGGAACUUCAGCAGCACCAACUUAUCUUCCCUCGCAUUGUUUCAAAACCUCAACAAGAGAAUACCACCUCGUUGAUGGCGGAGUGGCUGCUAAUAACCCGGCUUUGACUGCUAUAACUGAAGUGACAAAAGAAAUCAAGAACGGAAAUUCGGAUUUCUCUCGGAUUGGGCCAGCUGAGCAGGGAGAUAGGUUCCUACUUGUAUCAUUGGGCACUGGUUCAUCAGAAAAAUCUCAUUAUGAUGCCGAUAAAGCAAAAUGCUGGGGAAUUUUGGGAUGGUUGAUGCAGCCCGACUUCAAAUGUCCAUUGUUGGAUGUACUUGGUGAAGCCAGUAGUGACAUGGUAGAUUGCCACAUUUCUACCAUUUUCCAGGCUCUUUGGUCUGAUGAUAACUACCUUCGAAUUCAGGAUGACAAACUGGAUUCCAAACUGAAUUCUAUGGAUAAUGCCACGAAAGAAAACUUGAGAGACCUUAAGAAAGCGGGAGAGGCGCUGUUAAAGAAACGAGCUACAAAGUUGAAUUUAGAUACCGGUAUCCAUGAGCCUGAUGAACGUAAUAUUACUAAUGAAGAGGCUCUCAGAAGGGUGGCGAAAAGGCUCUCCCAAGAAAGGAAGGAACGUGCAGUCAGAUCAUCAGGAGUACAAGCAAACCCAGCAUCAGCCAGCUGAUCGAUUAAUUGAUAAGCUUGAAUCUCCAUCAGUCGAGAUUUCGAAUAAAAAUAAAAGCCCAUUACAUAUAGUGAAUUAGUGAUGGUGUCUAUAUAUGCUCAAGACUAGUGUUUCGAUUAUCUUGUAAUUUUCGAUCAGUAUGUACUCCCUGAGAUUAUGUUCUCAACC